UUGAAAAAAGUUCCCAGAUGUUUUUGAUAUUUAGAACUAUCUUAAAUAACUAAAGACAAGAAGGUUAUGAAUUUAAGAAAUUACGCUGUAAGGAAUUUUGAUAGUCUGGGAGGUUAAUACAUAGUUCUUGACCUGGCAAGAAGUUAUUGAUUUAGUGAGGGAAACAAAAGUAAACACUACAGUAUAAGAUUUCAAAAGUGUAAUAGUGGAGGUAUAAUCCAGUUGCUGAGAGAGCCCGGCAAAGACAGUGUAUGGAAACUUCAUCGAUAACCUCAGACUCUUCACCAGAGGAGGAAGUGGUGGAAUGGGUUACCCUCGUUUGGGUGGAGAAGGUGGAAAAGGUGGUGACGUUUGGGUUGUAGCCCAUAACAAAAUGACUUUAAAACAACUUAAAGAUAAAUAUCCUCAGAAACGGUUUGUGGCUGGAGAAGGAGCAAACAGUCGGGUUAGUGCACUGAAAGGCUCCAAAGGAAAAGACUGUGAAAUUCCUGUACCUGUGGGUAUUUCAGUAACUGAUGAAAAUGGUAAAAUUAUAGGAGAACUCAAUAAAGAGAAAGACAGACUUUUGGUAGCUGAAGGAGGUCUUGGUGGUAAAUUACUUACAAAUUUCUUACCAUUGAAAGGCCAGAAACGAGUUAUUCACCUUGAUCUAAAACUUAUGGCUGAUAUAGGCCUAGUCGGAUUCCCAAAUGCUGGCAAAUCAUCUUUGCUAAGUCAGAUAUCUCACGCAAAACCUGCAAUUGCAGAUUAUGCUUUCACAACAUUAAAGCCUGAACUUGGAAAGAUUAUGUAUAAUGAUUUCAAACAGAUAUCAGUAGCUGAUCUUCCUGGUUUAAUAGAAGGAGCACAUAUGAACAAAGGAAUGGGCCACAAAUUCCUCAAGCAUAUAGAAAGAACUAGACAACUGCUUUUUGUUGUUGAUAUUUCUGGAUUUCAGCUUUCUUCUCAAACUCAAUACAGAACUGCCUUUGAAACCAUAAUACUGCUUACAAAAGAGUUGGAGUUAUACAAAGAGGAACUUCAGACAAAACCUGCACUCUUGGCAGUUAAUAAAAUGGACUUGCCAGAUGCACAAGAUAAGUUCUGUGUACUGAUGAACCAACUCCAGAAUCCUAAAGAUUUUCUGCAUUUAUUUGAAAAAAACAUGAUUCCAGAGAGGACUAUAGAAUUCCAACACAUCAUCCCCAUCUCUGCAAUUACCAGAGAAGGAAUUGAUGAACUAAAGAACUGUAUAAGAAAGUCUCUAGAUGAACAUGCCAACUGGGAAAAUGAUGCAUAUCAUAAGAAACAGUUGCUUAAUUUACAGAUUUCCAAUACAGUAUCUUACAGUGAGACACCAUCAAAGAAUACUGUUACUAGUCCCAGAAUGGAUAAUUGAAAUUGUGUUCACUUGAAAACUUUUCCACAGGCAUCUAUUUUUUAGAGGGUUAGGUAUUAGCCUGAUAUAUAUGCCAUCAUUCAAGAACCAUACCUUUUUAAGUGGUUUUGUAGUAAAGUGUAUCAUCAGUAAAAAAAAAAAAAGUAACUGAGAGCUAAAAAUGACAAUUUAUAAUUUUAUAGACAAUCCACCUGUAAUAAAAUCCUCUGAUAUUCUUCUACUUA